UAUGGGAAUUUCAAGAGAUAGUAGACAUAAGAGAAGACUGACAGGAGGUCGUAUGCCAAUUCACAAAAAGAAGAGAGCUUUCGAAAAAGGAAGACAAGCUGCAAUGACCAAAUUGAUUUCUGGAGAAAAAAGAGUCAGAAGAAUUAGAGUACGAGGAGGAAAUUUUAAAUUCAGAGCACUUCGAUUGUCUGAAGGCAACUUCUCUUGGGGCAGCCAAGGUGUAGCAAAAAAAGCAAAAAUUGUUGAGGUUGUUUAUCAUCCUUCCAAUAAUGAAUUGGUUAGAACAAAAACAUUAACAAGAGGAGUUAUUGUUUAAAUUGAUGCUACUCCUUUCAAAUUAUGGUAUGCUAAAAAAUACAAUGUUGAAUUGGGACCAAAGAAGAAGGAUAAGAAAGUAAGAAUUUAAUUGAAAUAUUUAGGAUGCACCAGCUGAAUAAACUUAGAAAUCUAAAUCUCUUUAAAAGAAACUUGCACAAAGAGUAAAAGAUAAUGUGAUUGAUUAAUUGGUUCAAGAGUAAUUCUCUAAUCAAAGAUUGUUGGUCAGAAUAACAUCAAGACCUGGAUAAUCAGGAAGAGCUGAUGGAUAUAUUCUAGAAGGAAAAGAAUUGGAAUUCUACGUUAAAAAAAUUGAGUCAAAGAAGAAAUGAUAUAUUAAGUACAUUAAUGUUGCACAGAAU